AUGUCUGCACAACCAGCGCAUCUGUGCUUCCGCUCGUUCGUCGAGGCCCUCAAAGCUGACAACGACCUGGUGGAAAUCAACACCCCUGUCGACCCCAAUCUCGAGGCGGCAGCAAUCACUCGCCGAGUAUGCGAGACCAACGACAAGGCCCCCUUGUUCAACAACCUGAUCGGAAUGAAGCAUGGCCUCUUCCGCAUCCUCGGGGCACCUGGAUCUCUCAGAAAGUCCCCUUCAGACCGUUAUGGCCGACUAGCCCGUCAUCUCGCCCUCCCUCCUACGGCAUCCAUGCGCGAGAUCCUCGACAAGAUGCUGUCCGCCAGCACCAUGCCUCCUAUUGAGCCAACCAUCCUUCCCACCGGCCCUUGCAAGGAAAACAGUCUGAGUGACUCGGAAUUCGACUUAACCGAGCUGCCUGUGCCUCUGAUCCACAAGUCAGAUGGAGGCAAAUAUAUCCAAACCUACGGCAUGCAUAUUGUGCAGUCGCCCGAUGGCACGUGGACCAACUGGUCCAUCGCUCGAGCGAUGGUUCACGACAAGAACCAUUUGACCGGCUUGGUGAUCCCACCUCAACACAUCUGGCAAAUUCAUCAGCUAUGGAAGAAGGAAGGCAAGAGCGAUGUCCCCUGGGCUCUGGCGUUCGGGGUUCCGCCCGCUGCCAUCAUGGCUUCCAGCAUGCCCAUCCCUGACGGGGUCACCGAGGCCGGCUACGUGGGAGCGAUGACAGGAUCGUCUCUAGAGCUGGUCAAGUGUGAUACAAAUGACCUGUAUGUUCCCGCCACCUCCGAGAUCGUCCUCGAGGGCACUCUGUCUCUCAGCGAGACAGGACCGGAAGGGCCCUUUGGAGAGAUGCACGGAUACAUCUUCCCUGGGGAUGUCCACCUCGGUGCCAAAUACAAGGUAAACCGCAUCACCCACCGCAACAACGCUAUCAUGCCUAUGUCGUCAUGCGGUCGCUUGACCGAUGAAACACACACCCUGAUCGGCUCUCUCGCGGCAGCAGAGAUCCGCAAGAUCUGCCAACAAAACGGCCUCCCAAUCACCGAUGCAUUCAGUCCGUUCGAGUCGCAAGUCACCUGGGUUGCCCUCCGCUUCGACGCCGAGAAAUUGCGCGCUAUGAAAACCAACUCGGAAGAACUGCGCAAGCGGGUAGGAGAUGUUGUCUUCAACCACAAAGCCGGCUACACCAUCCACCGUCUCAUCUUGGUCGGUGAUGACAUCGAUGUGUAUGAAGGAAAGGAUGUUCUCUGGGCUUUCUCCACUCGCUGCCGCCCGGGCAUGGAUGAGACUUUGUUCGAGGACGUUCGCGGGUUCCCGUUGAUUCCGUACAUGGGACAUGGAAACGGCCCCGCCCAUCGCGGUGGAAAGGUUGUGUCCGAUGCUUUGAUGCCCACUGAGUAUACGACGGGCCGGAACUGGGAAGCAGCCAGUUUCAAGGAGUCGUAUCCCGAGGAGGUGCAGCAGAAGGUGUUGGCGAACUGGACUACGAUGGGAUUCAGUGACUAA